AUGCUUCAAGUUCCAUCUUCUUCUCCUCCUCCUCCUCCUCCUCCUCAUAACUGCCUGCAUUUAUGGAAUUCGAUUGUAACCCCUCCUCCUUCUUCUUCUUCUCUUCAUUUACCCAGCAUUAACUGCUUUUACUCCUUAUUUUUAUGGUUCACUGAUAGUUUCUUUCUACUAAUUUGUAACAUUUCUAUUGUAGGCGGGGAUGGAGUAUUUGUCGAAGUUAAACAUCGUUUUCGCAUUGAAGGCAAUUGGACAACAGCUGCAAUGCUUUCACUCCAAUCAUUACACUUGCGUACGCAAGCACCGACUGAACACGUGCUUUGGAUGGUUACACGCUUUGCCCUUUUCCUACGGCUUCACCUCGUUGAAAACUUUUUUUAUUUAAAAGGGAGUACCGACUCUACUGAAUUCCGUCUCAGUAGCAGUUGCUUGACUGACUCAUACAGGCUGCAGUGUUUAAAAAGGAUGUGGUGGAAAACACAAGAAAAGGCAUCUGGCACUGGAAACAUGGAAAUAUUACCACUUUCUAUGUGUGGUGGAGUAAAGCGCCUCCUCUGCUGA